AGAGAGAGCUGUGAGAGAAGCAGUGCUCCGAAACCCGAGCGCCCGUCGACGUCACGAUGGUGAGCUGAGAGGUGACGGACACAGGCAAUGGCGAAAAACGCGAGAGACUCCGAGACGGUGCCAAUGAUCCUGGUGUGCGAACACUGCUCUAAUCAGACGUUCAAGCAGAUUCAAGACUUCGUUAGACAUCUGAGAGAUCAGCAUUGUUCCAGAGAAGGUGGAUCCUUCGUGUGCCUCUAUGGCUAUAAUGGAGUAUGCACCAGUCUUCCUGUGGAAGGUGUUUCCGACAAGGAUUAUGUAGCACACGCCACCAAGCACGCAGCGAUGCAGCAGCAACGAAAAAGCAACGGCCAGUUGUCGGAGGCCGGCUCGUCCUGGACGGUUUAUUCAGCUGCGCAAAAUCUACCUGCCGUUCUCAACGAUCCCUUCAAGGGGAAGCAGAGUAAUUUUCUCACUCGCACCUGGGGAGAUGGGUUUGUCGAGAAGGUGGAUAUCCCAAAGAGUCCCUAUCUGCCCGAGAUCACGAUGCAGCAUUUUGAGAUGUAUUUGAAAAAGAUUGCAAGGAGAUAUCGGAAACAUUCACGGAUGAACUCGAACGCAAAUAGGCCAACUACUCCGAACGAGCUGCUUCAAAAUUUUCCAAAUCUUAGGAAGGUGAAAUCAUUAGAUCGGCUGCAAUUCGAUUUAGCUAGUAUUCCAAAGAUCUUCUUAGUGCCGGCUUUAGAUCUUUCGCAAAAAGACAACUUUGACGCUGUGUUUCCGUUCGCGAAAGACGGUCUGUUGACCGAGGAAUGCAACAUUGUUAUGCACGUGAAGCAAAUGCAAGAGAAGUUGAGUCACUAUCUGGACAUUGUGGAGGUGCGAAUAGCUGAGCAAGUCGCGUCCAAAUCUCAAGCCUUCUUCCACGCAAUGACGUCUCACGAUGCGCUCAUGGAACAACUCACUCAGACUAUCACGGUUCUAAAAGCUCUCAGGAAGAAUAUUCGUCAAGUCGAUCAGCAUCUAGUCAAAAAUUCAUUAGAAAUUUUACGCUUGGAACGCGCCAGGUCCAAUAGGUUGUUGGUUCAAGAAAAAUUGAAGCUCAUGGCGACUGUGCAUCAAAGCCAACCCAUGAUACAGCUAUUGUUAUCUACGCCGGACUACGUCGCGGCGCUAGAUCUCAUCUCCACGACGCAGGAGAUCCUCUUGCAGGAACUCAACGGGAUACACAGCUUCAGACACUUGAGUUCGCAACUGACCGAGAUGGAGAAGCUCGUGGAUAAGAUGCUGUCCGCCGAGUUUCAGAGAUACGCGACGGCGGAUCUCAACAGACCGUUGGGCGGCGAAAACACCGUUCUGGACGGCGAUAAGCUGGUGUCCAUCAUCUCCGGACUGCUGCGUCAGAAACACUUUCAAUUUGUGGACACGUACAAAGAGGAAGCUGUGACUACGAUAAGAGCGUUAACGAAGCAACGAGUGAUCGAGGCCUUGGCUGCGAGCGAUUGUUGCAGCGAUCAGCAGGCAGCAGCUCUCGAGGUCGGGGGCUUAUCUUUGACGGAGAGAUUAACUCUGCUCCACAACACCAUACAGUCGUUCACUUAUCUUCUAUCACGAGUUAAGGCAGUUCACGAUGUAAUGAGAGACACCGCAGACUUAUCGGCGGGACGUUUAUGCGACGGCUCGUUCGAUGAAUCAGUACCUGAUCGUUUACUGACUCAAGAAGAGCAUACGCGAGUAACCACCAAACUCACUGAUAUGAUUACUUCUGUAUGCGAUUAUUGCCACGAGCGAAUGGGGAAUCUGCUUUCAGCAGGGACAAAUGAGAAGGAUAAGUUUCACAACGACAAGGACAAAGUUAUUGGCGACACGUCGCAGAGCCACAAGUCCGACGACAAAGAGUAUCAAGCGUGGAACGAUAAGGGCUCCUGGCUGAGCGAGAGAGCGACGACCGCUCAGGUUUGCCAAUUGGCCAAUAUGGUCGAGGAAUUUACGUACGCUUGCGAGAAACUCUGCGGCAAGCAGUGCACGGCGUUACGCUCGGCGUUCAAGGCCCAAGCGAGCAAAUUUGUGCAGCGUUUUCACAACGAACGGAAGAACAAGCUGACGCUGCUGCUGGAAUCCGAGAGAUGGAAGCAGGCCGAUGUGCCCUUGGAAUUUCAGUCGUUGGUGACGUACGUGUGCGAGAAAAAGUGCUUUCCGCUAAAGAUGUUCACGCGCGAGGAGGACGACACGAAGAGCGACGGCGUGGAGAACUUUAUCGUCGUCGGCGACGAGAGAUUUGCCGUGGUCGGGACCGCUCUGAUGCUCAUACAAAUGAUACACGAGUACUGCAGGACCGGCAGUGAGUUGGUCGCCUUGUCCGGGACUAUAGGGAGACAAUUGGCCGAGCUGCUGAGACGCUACAAUUCGCGAUGCUGUCAACUGGUUCUCGGCGCGGGCGCGAUACAAGUCGCGGGCUUGAAGACCAUCACGAGCACGAUCCUCGUGUUGGCGGCGCGAAGUCUCAAGCUCAUAUUGUGGUUCAUGCCGUUCGUCAAAGCGCAUUUCCAAGCGCUCAUGGAACAGAAUCCUAAUCGAGGAGGACUCAUUGGCACGUCCGGUAUGAGCGGCGGGGUGGCUUUGUUAGACAGCGUCGAGAAGGAUAUUCGCGCGCACGUGCGGGAAAUCGAAGGGAAAAUCCUCACCAUCGUGGACAAUUUGCUGGGCGGCCAAAUAUCCAAGUGGACAGCGAGACCUCCGGUGCCGUCGAAAUCUUUUAGAAAUAUUUCCAGUUACCUGAUGAAACUUCACGAAGCCGUCUCCGGGAUUCUACCUACCGUUGAAGUACAAUCGCUUUACCGCACCGUAAACACGUCUUUCAAGGAGAAGCUUAGGGAGCAAUUGAUAAAAAUGAACAUCGUGAACAACGGCGGACCUCAGCACGGUGUGGUCACGUCCGAGCUCACGUUCUACUUGGAAGCCUUAAGAAAGCUAAAAGUACUACCGAGCGAAGAGCUAAAUGACAAUUGGAUGAGCGACAUAUGGACUAGAUAACAUGCAGAGCGUGUGAUAUACUGCAUCGUAGAAGCCAUGAAGUACUAUAGGAGAAGGUGACUAAUCCGUACACACUCGUCUUCCUUUGUAUUAUUCAUCGUCGUCGUCGUCGUCGUCGUCGUCGUCGUCGUCGUCGUCGUCGUCGUCGUCGUCGUCGUUGUCGUCGUCGUCGCGAAACACGAAACACGGUGACGGACGACACGCAAGCGUGGUGUUUUCGUGAGACGGAAUGUUCACGCAUUCGGGCGAAAGAAUUUUAUGAACGUUCAUAUCACAUGAUUCUGACAACGUUGAUUGUAUUAGUUGCGAAUGAUCAGACAACUGAAUUGUUUUCAUUCCACGAGACACAUUUUUUUCUCCAAGCGUUGCAAUCGACAAUGUUUGUAGGACGACCAGUCAGUCAUACAUGACUCUCAAGUAUUUCCGCUGACCAUAGUGUUCAACAACAAAAUUGCUACAAAGUAUACAUGAAUUAUAUCGAGUAGAGAUAUGUCCGUAGCUAUUUUGUGAAAGUAUUAUUUUCUAAUACAACACACGGCUGCGGGGAGGGAGGGAGGGAGGGAGUGGAGAGAAACGUCACGUUUUUUUGUUUAUGUUACGAAUGAAGCAUCGUCUCUCUCGCAGACAUCUCCAGAUAUACCACGAUUUUUGUGUGGCCGGGUCCAAACGAGAGCGAUUUGUAAAUUUUUUGUAUGAUAUCUAACAGUGUCUAACAGAGACAUGUGCAACUUCUAUUUCCGAACUGAUUGUAUAUUUCUCGCAGAGAAUUGUAUUGUUUUCUUUUCUUUCUGUUUUUCUUUUUUUUUUCUUUUGCAAGGAACAUCUAAGAUAGGUGAAUUGUUACAUGUGUCGAUUGUAAUUGACGCGAGAACGAAGUCGCGACGAAAGGGGUCACAACAAAAAUGUACGCGUCGCUCGUCGUUUAAAAAUUCGUUCUCUCUCUCUCUCUCUCUCUCUCUCUCUCUCUCUCUCUCUCUCUGAGAAAAAGAAGAAUUUGUAAUUAUUAUUCUUCAUAAUUGAUAUUAACGCGAUUCUUAUGUGCAGUCGACAAUGGUAUUAAUUAUAUACGAAAGACAAUGUGUUCGUGAAAGAUUUUAUCAAAUAUUCUAAAGGGGACGCGCAAAAAGAGGGAAAGGGGAAAAGGAGAGAAAAAAAAUAUGUGCACUCACAUGAAUAAAUUUAGAAGAAAGUCCGAGAGUCUCUAUAUCGCGGAUUGUAUCGUGCAUUCCAUUCCUGACUUCAUCUAGUCCGUAUUGUACAUAAUAUUGCGAGAGGUGGAUACGCUGAUCGACUGUACUUUAAUUCAUAAAUGAAUUUGCGAAUCUAGAGCGUAAUGCGCGCCGGGUGGUGAUCCUUAGCGUAUUAAACAGAAUAAGGCUCUGAACACAUUUUUGUCACACACUACGGAAGGGAAGUCGCGCGGAAGAGCGCUCGGAGCCGAUUACUAUUAUUACAAAGGAUAUCCUCCGUGGAUUUCAUUCUACCAAGACUGACGACCUCUCUCCCGUUAGAUCAUCGCGCGCAUACGAAAGAAGGAAUGAGAAGCGUGUUACGUAGGAAGAUUAUUAAUUUUUAGAUUUAAAUUAUUGUAUCUUGUACCAUCUUGCAUAAUGUACUGUGAGCAUUAACAUAAAACGAAUUAAUGACACCGCA